UUUAAUCAUUUAAACUCAAAAGCUUGAUUUAGUUGACCACACUAACCAUUCAUCUGCUCUUCUCUUUUCUUCGUUCUCUCUGUGCUGCUGCAUUAAUCCUCACGAUAUCCAUGGCUGGAGAAGGAGAGGGUCCUGCUAUUGGAAUUGACCUCGGCACCACCUACUCCUGCGUCGGAGUAUGGCAGUAUGACAGUGUCAAAAUCAUCCAUAAUGACCAUGGCAACCGGACCACCCCCUCUUACGUCGGUUUCACUGAUUACGAGCUCUUGGUCGGUGAUGCUGCCAAGAACCAGGUCACUAGGAACCCCACCAACAGCGUCUUCGAUGUGAAGCGUUUGAUUGGAAGGAGAUUCUCUGAUGCUUCCGUUCAGAGUGACAUGAAGCUAUGGCCAUUCAAGGUCAUUGCUGGUCCCGGCGACAAGCCCAUGAUUGUUGUCAGCUACAUGCAUCACAAGAAGCAGUUCACUGCAGAGGAGAUUUCCUCCAUGGUCCUCAUGAAGAUGCGUAAGAUCGCUGAGGCUUACCUCGGUUCCACUGUGAAGAAAGUUGUUGUAACUGUCCCAGCAUACUUCAAUGACUCUCAGCGCCAGGCCACGAAGGACGCAUGUAUCAUUGCGGGACUUCAUGUCAUGCGCAUCAUCAACGAACCUACCGCUGCUGCCCUUGCCUAUGGCCUUGACACGAGAACCACCACUAACGAUGAGAAUAAUGUGUUGGUUUUUGACCUUGGUGGUGGUACUUUUGAUGUCUCUCUUCUCAACAUUGAUCAAAACAGUAUCUUUGAAGUUAUGGCAACUGGCGGAGACACCCAUCUUGGAGGUGAAGACUUUGAUAACAGGAUGGUCAACAAGUUUGUUGAGGAGUUCAAGAGAAAGCACAAUAAGGACAUUAGUGGGAACCCGAAGGCUUUAAGAAGGUUGAGGAACGCAUGUGAAAAGGCAAAGAGAACUAUCUCAUCCACCGAACAAACCACCAUUGAGAUUGACUCAUUGUGUGAAGGUGUUGACUUCUACACCACAAUCACUCGUGACAUGUUUGAAAAGCUCAAUAUGGACCUCUUUAUGAAGUGUAUGGAGCUUGUUGAGAACUGUUUGUGUGAUGCUAAGAUACACAAGAGUGACAUAGAUGAUGUUGUUCUUGUUGGUGGGUCUACUAGGAUCCCCAAGGUGCAGUCAUUGUUGCAGGUUUUCUUCAACGGUAAGGAGCUCUGCAAGAGCAUCAACCCUGACGAGGCUGUUGCUUAUGGAGCUACUGUUCAAGCUGCUAAAUUGAGUGGUGAGGGUAAUGAGAAGGUUAAGGAUCUUCUGUUGGUGGAUGUCACUCCCCUUUCACUUGGUGUGGAAACUUGUGGUGGUGUCAUGACUGUCCUGAUUCAAAGGAACACUACGAUCUCGGUCAAGGAUGAACAGGUUUUCUCUACAUCCUCAGACAAUCAGCCUGCUGUGUUGAUCAAGGUGUACCAGGGUGAAAGAUCUAGGACCAGGGACAACUACUUGUUGGGUGAGUUCAUGCUUUCUGGCAUUCCUCCUGCUCCAAAGGGUGUUCCUCGGAUCACUGUUGGCCUUCGUAUUGAUAUCAAUGGUAUCAUGAAUGUCACUGCUGAGGAUAAGACAACAGGAAAAAAGAAUGAGAUCACUAUUACAAAUGACAAGAGCAGACUCUCGAACGAGGAGAUUGAGAAGAUGGCACUGGAAGCAGAGAAGUACAAUUCUAGAAAAGAUACUCCAUAUUCACGCUUGGAGGCACAAGCAGAACAUAAUACUUGCCCUAUAUUACCAACCCCAAAUUUACAGUCUUUUCCUUCUGGUACCUUUGGGUAUUAUUUCAACAAUACAAAAGAGGCUUCAGAGAAACUUAUAGAGGCGCUAAAAGAUGAUAAUUUCAACGUAAUUGGAUUGCAUGGAAAGAGGGGCUCUGGUAAAACAACGUUACUCAAAGAUAAGAUAGAAGAGUAUGAAACUAUUUUUCAUAAAGUUAUAUUUCUCCCUGUGUCCGAGAAUCAAGACACGAAGAGCAUUCAAGAGGAAUUUGCAAGGACAUUGAACGUGUUUGAAAAACAUGACACUGAUGCUGUAAGAAUCAUGAAAAUAAUUUUGGCAUUAGAAAGGAAGGAUAGAACUACUCUGGUCAUCUUGGAUAAUUUUCCGGCAAAGUCUAAACUGCAAGAAUUAGGUAUUCCUUAUAACAACAAACAAUACAAAUUCCUUUUGACCACACGUGACGAGACAGACUGCAUCUGCAUGGGAUGUGACCAUUCAAUUUCUCUGGAUCCCUUAUCUAAUGAUGAAGCUUUCACACUACUACGGAAACUUUCUGGUGUUAAUUCUCAAUCUGCUCUAUUUGAAGUGGCACAAGAAGUUGCAUUCAAAUGCAAUGGUUUACCUGGAUUUAUUGAAGAGGUGGCGACUUCCUUGAAAAAGAAGUCCUUAAAGAAGUGGGAAGAAUCAUUAGUUAGUUUAAGCCACGACUCAACCGCCCGCUACCAGGUUUUUAUCAGUUUUAGAGGAAGUGACACUCGACAUGUUUUUACAAAGCACCUCCAUUAUGCUUUGUGCCAGGAGGGGUUCACGACCUUCAAAGAUGAUGAGUCAUUGGAGGGUGGGGUCCCAAUCGAGAAACUUCUUGAUGAUAUUGAAGAAUCAAGGUUUGCAAUUGUCAUUUUAUCUAAAAACUAUGCAGACUCUGAAUGGUGUCUUAAAGAACUUAUCAAGAUUCUUGAGUGCAAGGAUAAAGAGGGGAAAAACCAGCUAGUUUUGCCAAUCUUCUACGAAGUGCCACCCACAGACGUAAGGCAUGUAAGAAACAGUUAUGCUGAUGCUAUGGCCAAACAUGAAAAUAAUGGAAAAGAUUUAUAUGCAAUCAAAGCAUGGAAGAAGGCUUUGUAUGAUGUUUGUGCGCUGACGGGAUUUGAAAAGCCUCACGAUUGGUAA